GGCCGCGGCUCCCGGCACUCGGCGGCCGCCGCCUCCUUCUCCGCCUCCCCCUGCGCCUGUGCGGGCCGAGGAGGCGGCGGCGGCGGCGGCCUGAGAAGGCGGCGCAGCAUGGAGGAAGGAGGCGGCGGCGCGCGGAGUCUGGGCCCCGGAGGGCCGCUGCUGCUGGUGCUGUGCGGCCUCCUGGAGGCGUCGGGCGGCGGCCGGGCGCUCCCGCAGCUCAGCGACGACGUCCCGUUCCGCGUCAGCUGGCCCGGCGCCGGCUUCUCGCUGCCUACAACUGGAGUUCUGUAUAAAGAAGAUAAUUAUCUCAUCAUGACAACAGCGCAUAAGGAAAAAUAUAAAUGCAUCCUUCCCCUUGUAACAAGUGGAGAUGAGGAAGAAGAAGAGAUUAUAAAGGCCCCUAAUCCAAGAGAGCUGUUGGAACCACUAUAACAGAGCAGUUGUUCCUACAGGAUUGAGUCUUACUGGACUUACGAAGUGUGUCAUGGAAAGCACAUCCGACAGUACCAUGAAGAGAAGGAAAGUGGGCAGAAAGUAAAUAUACAUGAAUACUACCUUGGAAAUAUGUUGGCCAAGAACCUUCUCUCUGAAAAAGAACUAGAAGCAGAAGAAAAAGAAAAAUCAAAAGAGAUUCCUACUAAAAACAUUGAAGGCCAGAUGACGCCCUACUACCCUGUGGGCAUGGGAAAUGGUACACCUUGUAGUUUGAAACAGAACCGGCCCAGAUCGAGCACUGUGAUGUACAUAUGCCAUCCUGAAUCUAAGCAUGAAAUUCUGUCGGUUGCUGAAGUCACCACGUGCGAAUAUGAAGUCGUCAUCCUGACACCACUCUUGUGUGGCCAUCCGCAGUACAGGUUCAGAGCCUCUCCUGUGAAUGACAUAUUUUGCCAGUCCCUGCCGGGCUCCCCAUUCAAACCCAUCACCCUGAGACAGUUGGAGCAGCAGGAAGAAAUCCUGAGGGUGCCUUUUCGGAGAAACAAAGAGGAAGAUUUGCAGUCAACUAAAGAAGAGAAAUUUCCGGCCAUCCACAAGCCCAUCGCAGUUGGUUCCCAGCCUGUGCUCACAGUUGGAACAACGCACAUCUCCAAACUGACUGAUGACCAGCUCAUCAAAGAGUUCCUUAGCGGCUCUUACUGCUUUCACGGGGGUGUUGGUUGGUGGAAAUAUGAAUUCUGCUAUGGCAAACAUGUACAUCAAUACCAUGAGGACAAGGACAGUGGGAAAACCUCUGUGGUCGUGGGCACGUGGAGCCAAGACGAGCACCUCGAGUGGGCCAAGAGGAACACGGCGCGAGCCUUCCACUUGCAGGAUGACGGCACCCAGACAGUCAGGAUGGUGUCACAUUUUUACGGGAAUGGAGAUGUUUGUGAUAUAACGGACAAACCAAGACAAGUGACUGUGAAACUCAAGUGCAAAGAGUCCGAUUCCCCUCAUGCUGUUACAGUAUACAUGUUAGAGCCUCAUUCUUGUCAGUAUAUCCUUGGGGUGGAGUCACCGGUGAUCUGUAAGAUCCUGGACACGGCAGAUGAAAAUGGGCUUCUUUCUCUCCCCAGCUGAAGGGCAGCCACGGUGGGGUCUGGAG